AUGAUCUGCAUAUAUGCAGAAUCCCAUUUGUGCACAUUUACCUUGAUCCUCUACACAUGCAUAUGGAUCCCAUUCAUCCAAACAGCUCAAUCAAUACUCACAAUCUUCACCUUCUUUAUCAAUAACCCAAACCAUCAUCACCUAGAAAACACUCAUUUUCAAGAACAAGAAGCGCCCCCAGCCCACGAGCUGAAUCUUCAAGUUUCAUGUUUUCAAGAUUUGGAGGAGUUCAGCAUAGGAAACAGAGGAGAAAGCAUUGGAUAUGAUGAAAAUGAAGAAUUGUGCUCAAUUUGCUUGACAGUGUUUGAGAAAGAAGACUUGGUGAACAAAUUACCGAGAUGCGGGCAUGUAUUUCACGUGGGGUGUAUGGAAAAAUGGCUCGAGAGAUGCCAAUUUACCUGCCCAUUGUGCAGGUCUAUGGUGUUGCAUGAUAGUUCUCAACCAUCCAAAAUGUGCUUUUCUGAGUUUUGCAUUCUGCCCCCACCUCAUGACCCUUAA